AUGACCGGCUCAUCCAUCCCCCACCUCAGCUUCCCCACUUUCCGGCCCAAGCCCAAAGCCAAAGGCGUUUCUCAUCUCGACCCCGUCCCCGUCAAAGCGGUACCUCCUACGCCUUCGUUCGGACUCUUCCUCCCCACACCUAUCCCUGCAUCGUCCAACUCCGCUUCUCCGUACCUCACCGCCUCGCCCGUCUUACCUACAGGACCGCAGCCUGCACCGCAUUUCGGCGGCGCUCGAUCGGUUCCGGCUCUCGGCGGGAUAGCUCUGCAGCCUCGAUAUCAGCUGUAUGAGCCAGCUCAGGCGCAUGAAGGAGCUUGCGGAGAGGCAGGAUGGAUGUCGCCCGUCCCGCCGACACCAGUGCAAAGGAGACCGCUACCAUACCAUCCAAAUCCCUUUGGCUCGGACUAUGGCUACACUGCUUCUCCGCCGCCGAGUACACCGCCUCGUUUCCUCCCUCCUUUGCCUCCAGCACAGCUCGGAACGCCAACACAGCGCGACUAUCAGAACGGCAACUAUCUUCCUACUCCGCACGCCCAACCCGGUCAAGUCCUUACCACCUCGUCCACCGCGUAUUGUCGUCAAAUCACCGAUAUGGCGACCCCCACGUCGGCUCUGCGGCGAAGCGCACCUCCCACUACCACCCGCCCACUCGGUCCUCGUAGAGCAGACGCACCUCCCAUGCGUCGAGGCACCUCCUCCAACACGUCAUCGUCAUCCGGUAGCUCCAACACCACAGAUCUGCGCCGCCGUUCCGCUUUCAAGUCCCUCCCUCCUACUCGCGACUACUCGUCCUCAUCCAACAAAUCCCACCGCACCUCCCUCCUUGCCGCCAUCGACCGAGACUUCCACUCUGGCCACAUCCUCUCGUCUACCCAGGCGCUCGUCGACUCGCCGCCCCAGGCGGACUUUGUCCCGGAGAUGGCGGAUCACACCCUGAGCUGGCAGCCAGAGGUGGCGGAGGAGGAUGAAGCGCAGGCGGUAUGGCGAAAGCUGGAGCAGAGGAUGGGGAGGCGAAUGAAUAGUGGGCUGGAGGCGCAGCGAGGGAGAUGGGUGGUGACGCCAGCGAGUCCGAUGCCGCCGCCGAGAAAGUGGGAGGCGGUGGAGAUGUCACCGGGGCAGUUUUCGGUGUCGGAUUACUUGCUGUUUGGGGACGAGGAGGGGGAAGAUGGGCAUGAAGUGUAUGCGAUGGGCGUUGGACAGGCGGCGGGGAGAGGGAAGGGAGUACCAGGGACGCCAUAUCCGCGGAAGGAGGAGACGACCAAGCCGAAGAGGAGCUCGCGCCCACCAGCCAAAUCCAGCGCUCUGGACACCCUCGACGACUCGCUCUUCCCCAUCAGUGCUCCUCCCGCUCCCGCCCGCGCUCAAGCUCAACCCAGCCCUCCACACCGCACUACACUCUGUCGCCUGGAUACUCAGGUCGUCUCAGCUCUGGAAGCGCUCAAGUCAGACUGGGGAUCGCCAGACCUCGAUUUCGCCCUGCUCGGCGCCGCAUCCUCUUCUCCCCAAACUCCUACACCCACAAAGCCCGCUCCACGUCCCCUCCCUCUCCCCUCUCUCACUCGGCGGUCAGCGUCUCCGGCUGAAGCUCACCUCACUACCCCACCACCGCUCCCUACUCCUCCAUCUCCCCUCGAGCGCGGUCUCGGACUCGGCAUGUCCCUCGGUACCACGUACAACCUCCCCUCCAAGCCAACGCCUAUGCUUCCGUCCCGUCUCAUCCCCUCGCGGAAGAACACCCGGCCACUGCCCGCUCCGGUCCAGAGUCCGCCUCGCGGCCUGUCGAGGAGGAGCACGGUCAAGGGCAAGGGGCUGUCGAGGAGGAGUACGAUGCGGGUGGAAAAGGUAGCGGAUGUGCAAGGGAUGUUUGUGAUUCGUGACCUUGACACGGGGGAGGCACUCGAGGUUGGGGUGGAAGGGCUGGAGGCGGCGUUGUUCGAGAUGGCCAGUAGAGCGUAG